GUCUCGAAAUUCACGAUUCGUCUCAACACGUCAUCAUCAUCGCCAUUGUCAAAAAUUCUCGAAUUCGAGUCUGAUCAUCCCUAUCAUGUUGGAACCACUGAUCGUACUGACAGUAUUGAACUGUUUCUUCAUGUUCAGCUCCACGGUGACAACCUGUGCAUUGUGGUGGCAGUAUCGAACUCAUCGUUGCUGCUUCAAGAAAGAUCCUCUGAGUGCUAAAUACAAUUUGUCCAAGUCGAAGAACAACAACAACAACAACAACAACAACAAUAACUCGUCGAAAAAGACCGUACACUUAAAACACGAUAACGGUGCGAAUCUUGUCACUCGUAGUAAAUCGAAUUCGACGGUGAACCGAGAGAGCAAGAGCAGGAGGAGUUCGAAACAGAAAUCGAAAUCGAAUGCGAGACAUCAGUCGAGGAGCAAGACACCCAGCGACGAACGACUGCCGUCCAUAGACAUGAUGGAAAGUUGGGAUCUCGAGAACAGAACGAGAAUGUCAGAGGCGUCGCAGACUGCAAACGGAGACCCGAAAUCGGCGAUGGUGAUGGAAUACUCGACCAUGCAGAAGAUCGUCCAGAUUAUAGACAAUGACACGGACCUUGCUGCGACGAAAAUGGCCAUGAGGGAUCUUGGUGGUAGACGAAAAGCCGAGGAAAGGAAAGACUCCAUGAUCGAGUCGCAAUUUGAGCCUCAACCUGUGUCUGACUACACACCAGGAGUGAUGUAA